AUGUUCCGUCCAGCUACCAGAGUGUUAGCCCGCGCGCCGGUCGCGACUCGUGCCCCGGCGAGUGUUCGAUUGAUAAGCAGUGGUCCGGCCAAGCGCAGCAGCUGGAAGAGUUAUCUCGUCCGGCUCGGUCUGGCUGGCGGUGCCGUUUACUAUUACAACACGAGCAGUGUGUUUGCGGAACAGCCAACGUUCUCUGCCCUCUCAUAUCUUAAGCAAGACGAGCAACCCGAAGAAACCAGGACUCUCGACUCCAUUACCCCCAAGAUCCGUCAAGAGCGGACCCAGCAGCUCGAGGACGACGCCGGCCAGCAAGGCGCAUUCAAUCCCGAGACUGGUGAAAUCAACUGGGACUGCCCAUGCCUCGGUGGUAUGGCCCACGGCCCUUGUGGGGAGGAGUUCAGGGCUGCUUUCAGCUGCUUUGUCUACUCCGAGCAAGAGCCCAAGGGAAUUGACUGCAUCGAGAAGUUCAAGGGAAUGCAAGAUUGCUUCCGUCUUCACCCUGAUGUGUACGGCGCCGAGCUAGAGGAUGACGAGCCCGAGGAAGGUGCCGCUGCACCUGCGCCCAUCGAACCAUCAGCGGCGACCGAACCAUCCAGCCCCAGCGAAUCCCCCGCCCCAGCUGACUCUCCCGCCGCCGUGGAAGAGGUCAGCGCAGCAAUUGUUGAGUCAUUGCCAGCUGCUGAGGAAGACCUCCUGGUUACAAAAGCCGCGCACGAUGAGGGAAUGGGCCACGAAACGAGGAAGACCGAGAAAUAG